UAUUGGACGGGUAGGAGCUUCUCUCCAUUUAAAAGAGAGAGAAUAAGAGACGUGCAGUCAGAAAUUGAGGAGGAAGGUGUGCCUUUAGAGGGAUUUGGUGUUUACUGGAGAAUUUCCGUUAUCAGUUGAAGUUAAAAGGAAGAUGAAGACAGAAAUCACAGCAAUCGUUCGUCCAAAAGGGAAAGUUGUCCAAAGGAAUUUUAGCUUAACUGUAUUGAAUAGCGGUCUAAAGGGUGAAAAAUUGUAUUUUCGUAAUGUUUGUGGUGCUACUAUUAGCUGUGAUAAUUUUAAACAAAUGGUAAAGAGUAAGUUGAGGUGUAUGGGUUUGUCUGCUGAAAUUGGUGUGGAGAUUUUUUGGGGCAAUGAUCGGAUUGAAUGUGAGUUAGACUUCUUUGAAAUGUGGAGAGUUGCAGCGGAAGAUAAGGAUGGGUAUGUUACAUUACAUGUUGAUAUUAUUGGUGGUGGUGAUGCAGAUAUGGAUACUGGUGAUGGUGUUGGUGUCGAUAUGGCAAGUAAUAAUGGUUUUGAUAUGGGUGGUGGUGUUGGUGUUGGUGUUGAUAUGGCAGUUAGCAUAAGAGGCAUUUCCAUCGAAAAUCUUGACGAUGGUGUCUUAGAAAACAUACUGUUUUGGUUACCAUUAGGGACACCUUCUUCACAGGCUAAACGUGUGUGCAAAUUAUGGAAAAAUAUCUUGUCUAAUAGACGUAAUAACGAGGUGGGUUUCCUUUUCGCAUGCCGUGAUUACAAAGAUGCCUUAGAAGAUGGUAAAAUUCAUCUCUGUUUUGAAGCAGAAUAUGAUCAUAUUGAUUGUAACGAGAUGAACUAUUACUACUCUCAUGAGACACUCAUGGAGAUGGAGCAUUGCAGAUUUGUUUUUAAAUCCUAUCCAGUUUAUGAUAUCAUGGUUGGAUCAUGCAAUGGCUUGGUUUGUUUUCAGAAAGAGGAUCCUGGUGACCGGUACGUGCAGGAGCCUUUCGCAAUUUGCAAUCCCUUAACAGGUGAAUUUAUUUAUCUUAAAGAAAAUUUGAGAGCAGAUUUGAAUAUGGUGUGGGAAUUCCGUGCAGUGGUAGUUUCAAAUGGGUUCGGUUAUUGUCACAUAACCGGCGAGUACAAGGUUGUUAGACUUUAUAGCAUCAGCGAGGAAAGGCGCGUGUCAUACGCCCAAGUAUAUACUAUUGGCAGCAACAAGUGGAGAGACAUGGAAACACUUAUAGAUGGCACAUUAUUUUAUGAUUCUGGACCUGGUAUCUUUGCAAAUGGUUUUCUCCAUUGGUUGGGUAAUGAACAAGAAGCAGGUCGCAUUGUCUUCUUUGAUUUGGAAGAUGAGAAGUUCGGAGAGCUCCCCCUUCCACCUUCUGAGGCUGAUGAGGAUGAUUAUUCAAAUCCUAAAAAUGAACUCAAGUUGUUGGGAGGGAAUUUGUGUUGGUUUAAGAGGACCUGGUCUCGCAUAGACAUAUGGGCAUAUAAGAAAAAUGUUGUCAACGCUGAUAAUAAUAGAUAUGAGAUCGAAGAGCAUGAUCAAAAUUCAUGGAACUGGGUCAAGGAUUUUAGUAUAGAGUACUGUAGUGGCUUCUAUGAUUGUGGUGGAUUGUAUGACCAGCCAUUUGCCAUUACAAAAAGCAAUCAAGUACUAGUGUUGGGCGCAUCUCAUAUCUACUGUUAUGACCCUGAAACUCGAACUAUAAGAAGCCGCCGGAAAGAUAUGGGUAUGAAGCAAGUAAUUCCUCAUGCAAACAGCUAUGUUUCGUUGAAAGAUUUCGGGGAAACAUGGUAUGGGCCGGGGACCCAGGGUGCUCAGCAGUUCCCAGACAAGUAGGUAUGUUUCGUUGACAAAGUUAGAGAUGUCUUAGCACAGAAGAUUUUAACAAUCAAAGAUAUUUCCUUUUAUGUUGUUACAUGGUUUUGUUAGAUGGUUUGCUUCCUUGGAAUGUCUUUCUCUUUUGUUUUAUUAGUUGCUUCUUUUUGGAUCCUUUAGAAAUUCAACAGAAACCAAAUUCUGGUACCUAUAGAAUUUGUUUAUUUAUAGAAUUGUGGUGCCUAUAUUU